CCAAGGCCUAUCAGGCCCGGAUGCUGGCUUUGAUUACCGAAGCCAAGAGACGGGCGGAUGAGGUAGCAGCCGCAGAGAAGAAGGCAGAGGAUGUCGAGAAGGCACGUCUGUUGGCAAUCAAACAGCAGUGCCAACAAGACGAGGCAACUGCAAAGGCUGCCGAUGAAGAACGAAAUCAACGACGCGAGAAAAUAUUCAACGGAGAGCGAGCUUUGCUCACAAUGGCAGCGGACUGGCGAGCCGAGGCCGAGAAUGGUAAGAUGUGGUAAGAUGGAAGAGGGUGAAAGCAAGAUCGCUCUACUCCUCUCCCAUUUCACGGAUCUCCUGGCAACGUGCAUCGCACAGCAGGAGGACAUCCACAACCUCUACGACGCGGUUCAAAUGCACAACGAGGCGUUUCAUCAAGUCAACAGCCGCCUCCGGCAGCUGGAGCAACGACCCGUCGCCGCCCCCGCUGCCAUCUCCUCCAACACCUCCGAUCGCCUCAAUGCAUUGGACAUCAACGUCGGAACCCUCAAGGACGAAGCGCGGCUACAGCAAACCGCCACGCAACAACUAGAGCAGCGAGUCUGUGCUGCCGCCGCCACACCGAGUUCGGCACCGCGCGAGAUGACUCCAAAGUUCAAUGGUCAGGAGAUCUUCUGCGAUUCGACGAAGACGGACCCGAUUCCGUGGUUCCGCAAGUUCAAGCUCAAGUUGCAGCUACACCACGUCAGCGAGGACAAGCAUCACGCGUACUUAUACUCCCGGUUGGGGGGCGCGUGCCAAGCAUGGUUGGACAAUCUCUUGUCCAAGUACGGGGCAGUAGCUGCCGAGUUGCACACCAAGAUCAGCUGGGAUGAUCUAAAGGCGGCGUGGCAUAAGCGGUUCCAAGUAGAGCCGUCGGAGAUCAAGGCAAUGGACAAAUCGCUGACGGUCGAACAAGGCACGCUGCCAAACAUUCAGAUGGGCUUCAAGGUCGUCAAACACUACUUCAUCACGAGGUCGUGUCCGGCGUUGGGCAACGCCUUGACUCACGUCGAGGACACCCCGACGACAACGGCGGAGCUUUUUGACAAGGCCGCACAGAUCAUUGUCACGAACAAGAAGGCAAAGAACCUCAACCAUUCAUCUGCGACAGGCCCGAGCAGAGAUCAGCAUCGGCCGAAAGUGGCUGUGGUCGUGGCCGCGGCAACCGACCCUUCACGCUCGAAGCCGGUUGGGAUGGUGGCCGCCUCGGCAAAGGCCGAGGACGGGGCAAGACGAAGACAAGCACCGCAUCUAUCCUCGGGCCCAGCAUAUUCAACGGAGAGCGAGCUUUGCUCGCAAUGGCAGCGGACUGUUGAGCCGAGGCUGAGAUUGGUAAGAUGGAAGACCGUGAAAGCAAGAUCGCUCUACUCCUUUCCCAUUUCACGGAUCUGCGGGCAACGUGCAUCGCACAGCAGGAGGACAUCCACAACCUCUAUGACGCGGUUCAGAUGCACAACGAGGCGUUUGAUCAAGUCAACAGCCGCCUCCGGCAGCUGGAGCAACGACCCAUCGCCGCCCCUGAUGCCGUCUCCUCCAACACCUUCGAUCGCCUCAAUGCAUUGGAGAUCGACGUCGGAACCCUCAAGGACGAAGCGCAGCUAUAGCAAACCGCCACACAACAACUGGAGCAGCGAGUCUGUGCUGCCGCUUCCACAUGGAGUUCGGCACCAAGCAAGACGACUCGAAAGUUCGAUGGUUAGGAGAUCUUCUGCGAAGACGGACCCGAUUUCGUGGUUCCGCAAGUUCGAGCGCAAGUUGCAGCUACACCACGUUAGCAAGGACACGCAUCACGCGUACUUAUACUCCUCGUCGGGGGGUGCGUGCCAAGCAUGGUUGGACAAUCUCUUGUCCAAGUACGGGGUGGUAGCUGCCGAGUUGCACACCAAGAUCAGCUGGGAUGAUCUAAAGGCGGCGAAGCAUAAGCAGUUUCAAGUAGAGUCGUCGGAGAUCAAGGCAAUGGACAAAUUUGGGUUGCCCGUCGAAAGGCAAGGACAAGUCGGGAAACUGAGCACCGCCUGGAGUGAAUCGACGACACUCUCGACACCUUCGGAACUGGUCGCUUCGUGGGUGACCGCCCUUCGUUCCGAGGCACAUGUGGAAGUCGAUAGUCCUCUUCUAUAUUUUUAUGAGGACUAUGCUGCCCGGCUCGUUCCUACGCUAGGUACUCAUGCUCAAGGACAAGACGUGUGUGCGGCAUCUUCUCCGUCUGGUAGCGGCGACUUAUCGUCUUCAAGUGGUUCUUCAUGGGAUUCGGCGCGCGAGUUCAACAUAGAGGUCUUGGACCCACUCACGUCAGAGGAUUUCGCAUGGCUUCCUCUACCUACCACGGGCCGCUUGUCGGGACCGCAAUGUGCAGCAUUAUGCGCUCAUCUUCACGAGUAUCUAUCCUUCUGUGCACCACCAACUUCGUUGACGGAUGGGGAAGCUGCGGUGGGGGACAUCCUUGCGUAUGUUACGAAGGUGGCCCGCGAGUUUCGCAAGCAGCGGUACGAUGACAACAACGCACCGCUCCUCUAUGUCCGCAUCCAAGUUGGGCAAGCGUCCUGCAGCGCUUUGCUCGAUAGUGGCGCAACUCGCAAUUUCAUGAGCCAAGCUCCAGGCCUUGGCGCACAACUCUACCCCAGUGGGGGCCUUGCAGAUGCAGCGCCGACCAAGGUGAUGAAGAUGGCGUCCACCAUAGCCAGUCCAUCAGUGGGACAGGGGAUUGUAUGUAUAUUGCUUGAUUGUUCUACCCCUGUUCCCACUCUCCCUACCCACUCUCCCUACCCCCCGUGUUCUGUGAUUACCGGGACUUCUCAAGUACCGCAUCGGUUCAGACUGAUGUCGACGGAACAGGACCCUGGGGCAUUGCCACGACGCAGUGCCAGAAUCGCAGUUCGUGCCCGCCCUGCAGUACCUCCAAGACCGAAGAAACUCAACAGGCGGACGACUCCAGCARCAUCAAGUACGGCAUUGACGGUACAAGACGCCACCGGAGAUCAUCCCGCAUACCCAGUCCGAGGAGCCAAUGAGCCAGCGGCUGAUUAUCGUGGGCGGCUACUGGCAUUUACGGAAGCCGUAGCUGCCGUCGAGGCCCGGAAGGAGACAGCAGAGGCAGAACGUCAGCGACUAGCCAAUGAAGCGGCAGCCGAAGCUCAGCGAACGACUGAGACUGACGCAGCGACACGAGACAGACGGAAUGCCAGCAGCACGGAGUCCUUGAUUGCUUGUGAGCAUCAGUGGACGACGAUACUCCAAGACAUGAUCUUUGUGCCUACGGAAGCGCAGGCAGACCCGACACCGGCGGAGGYAGAGAGAAGUAACCUGGCUAACUUGUUGCUGGGCAUUAUGAGAGGUAUUAUGUGGAAUAAUACACUGUUGCAUUCACAUCCGCGCACGGACGCGACGCAGCGACAAACAUACAAGAAAGAUAUGACUACGUUAACAACUGCUAUCCGCACAGAGGCAACGCAGCAGCAGCAACAACAUCAGCUGUUGAAUUCCACCAUCACACGCGUCAACAGCAUAGAGGCUAACGCCUCAGCAGCGCCAGGCUGCACGACAGACGUGACGAAGCAACUCAACGAGCGCAUCGAUCACGUCGUCACCAUCAUCGGCGACAUAAGUACGUUCACUGGACCAGACUCGAUCAGCAGCACGACGAGACCGGAAGCCGCUACAAAGACGUUCAAGAUGCCGCACUUCGACAUCAGCAAGUUCGACGAUUACAACAAGUCGGACGCCUUGUCAUGGUGGCAACGCUUCCUCACGGAAGCAUCAUGCCGCAUGGUCCCGGCGGACGACAUGUUGAAGGCACUGUAUCUGCAGCGGAUUGGAGGAGCGCAGGGAUGGAUGAACCACCUAGCGGCUACACACAAGUGCACUAUCGCCGAACUCCACACGCACAUUACGUGGAAGGAGUUCGAGCAGCUAUGGUUCACCCGGUUCAUGGUCCGCAACGUCGUGAAGGCGGCCAUGAAUGAGGUGUACACAUGCUCUCAAGGGAACAUGCCAACUCGAGACUGGACAACGAAGUGGCAAAAGAUAGUGACCACAGCAGGUUUCUACUUGACGUUUCCAAAUCAACGAUCCGAGUUCUUCUCGCGAUCGUGCGCGGGAUUGCGGUCGGCACUCGGUAAUGAGUACGACUAUACCACAUUCCAGGGCAUUCUGGAUCGAGCGAACUUGGUCAUCCAAACGGACGACAAGGCCGCUAACGAGAGACGAUCCCAGCCGCACUAUGUGGCUAAGCAGACCUAUCAACGUCCGACACAUAACAAUGCCGUGUUUUCUGAGGAAAUCGACGACCACCACGCUGCAGCAGCAUCCUCGAGUGAUGGAGGAAUUGUCGCAGCGCUCCCGCCAAAGCAUCCGAAGAGAGUUCGCAAGAACAAGGCGAGACAAGGGACAGCGGCGACGGGAGCUGGGCAGCAGCCAUGGACGGCUUAUAAGAUCACCAAGGAGGUCUAUGACCUUCGUCAAAAGUAUGCAUACUGCCUAUGGUGCAACAUUUGCCACCGUAACAAGGGUCGAUCUCRAGUCCCCUUCGGCGAACUGAAACCGUUGGCGAUUCCUCGGACACCACGCCUCUCCAUUGCUAUGGACGUGACAGGCCCGUUUCCCCGCGAUCGCCACGGCCAUGACGGUAUUCUCACGGUCGUUGACCGUUUGAGCAAGUAUGCUCGCUUUCUUCCUUGCAAGUAUCAUGCUGCAGCGCCUGAGUUCGCACGACUCUUGCAGACCGGUUGGAUUACCAACCAAGGUGUUCCGGAAGACAUAGUGAGCGACCGAGACACUCGCUUCAUGUCAGCCUUUUGGACUUCUCUCAUGACGGAGUCCGGCACGACAAUGAAGCCGAGCUCGGCUCGGCACCCGCAGACAGAUGGUCAGAUGGAGCGAGCGCACCAGACCGCUCAGAUGAUGUUGCGUACGCUCAUCCGUCCCGACCAGAAAGAUUGGGUUGACCGGCUUCGUGACAUCGAGUUCGCCUACAACACUUCGGUGCACCCGGCGAUCUGCGUCACACCAUUCGAGCUACAUCAUGGUGGAGAGAGAGCACGGAUCUUCGCUGAUCUCCUUUUGCCACAGGCUGCCGACAUAGACGUCCCUUGCUCUCCCGCUUCUGUCAGGAAGUAUCGGGACUUGUUGAUCAAAGCCCGUGCGAAUAUGCAAAAGGCUYAGGUCCGCAUGCAGCAGCAAGCUAACCGACGUCGACUUCCAUGUCCUUUCCGCGAGGGAGACCUUGUUUGGGUCCUCUCCGAGGAAUUUGCGCUCGAGCAGGAUGUUUCGCGCAAACUCCUUCCGAAAUGGUUUGGACCAUGGGAAGUCACUUCUGCCGUUGGAGACGACCCCGCCGGUCCUUCCUUCGUGAUCAACAUUCCACCGCACCUAACAGUGCAUCGGGUCUUCCAUGCAUCGAAGUUGGCCUUCUUCAUGCCACCUCCAGCUGACGAAUUCCCCGGACGUCGAUCACAGGAUCCGCCUUCUAUGGACGGACAUCAGGAAGUUGACCGAGUCAUCACGCACCGCAAGUAUGGCAACAAGCCAAGGCAGUACAAGGUCACAUUCGAGCAAUGUGCGCCUGAUGACACUCGGUGGAUCUCCAGUGAAGAUUUGCAGACUUCUGCACCCCUCAUCUUCGCAGACUAUGAGAAGCGACGCCUUGCUAAGGACGCAGCUCGUCCCGCCCUACCCACCCCGAAGCCAGGGGAAACAAACGAGGCCUAUCAAACCCGGAUGUUGGACUUGAUUACCGAGGCCAAGCAAAUGUCGGACGCGGCAGAAGCCGCAGCAAAGAAGAAGGCAGAAGACGCCGAGAAAGCGCGUCUGCUGGUGAUCGAGCAAAAACGUCAGCAGGAGGAGGCAGCAGCAAAGGCUGCUGAUGAAGAACGAGGUCAACGACGCGAGAAGAUAUUCAACGGAGAGCGAGCCUUGCUCACAAUGGCAGCGGACUGGUGGGCCGAGUCCGAGAAUGGUAACAUGGAAGAGAGUGGAAGCAAGAUCGCUCUACUCCUCUCCCGUUUUAGGGAUCUCCUGGCAACGUGCAUUGCACAGCAGGCGGACAUCCACAGCCUCGAUGACGUGGUUCAGACGCACAAACGGGCGUUUGACCAAGUCAACAGCCGCCUCCAGCAGCUGGAACAAACCGUCGCUGCCCUCGUUCCCAGCUAUUCCAACACAUCCAAUCGCCUCGAUGCAUUGGAGAUUGACGUUGGAGCCGUCAAGGACGGCGUGAAGUUACAGCAAACUGCAACGCAACAGUUGGAGCAGCGGAUCUGUAUUGUCGCCGCUCACUCUAGAUCGGAACUGCGCGAGACAACUCCAAAGUUCGAUGGUCAGGAGAUCUUCUGCGACUCGAUAAAGACGGACCCGAUUCCGUGGUUUCGCAAGUUCGAGCUCAAGUUGCAGCUACACCACGUCAGCGAGGAGAAGUAUCACGCAUACUUAUACUCCCGGUCGGGGGGCACGUGCCAAGCGUGGUUGGACAACCUUUUGUCCAAUUACAGGGUGGUAGCCGCCGACUUGUACACCAAGAUCAGUUGGGAUGAUCUAAAGGCGGCGUGGCAUAAGCGGUUCCAAGUAAAACCGUCGGAGAUCAAGGCAAUGGAUAAAUUGAUGACCUUCAAACAAGGCAUGCUGCCGAGUACUGACUGGAUUAGCGAGUACCAACGCUUGACAUCCGUCCCAGACAUUCAGAUGGGCUUCAAGGCCAUCAAACACGACUUCAUCACGAGGUCGUGUCCCGCGUUAGGGAAUGCCUUGAGUCACAUCGAGGAGACCUUGACGACAACGGCGGAGCUCUUCGACAAGGCCGCACAGAUCAUUAUCACGAACAAGAAGGCCAAGAACCUCAACCGUUCGUCUGCGACACGCUCGAGCAGAGAUCAGUAUCAGCCGAAAGUGGUCGUGGUCGCGGCGGCAACGCCACCCGACCCUUCAAGCGAGGCCGUGUCUGCCAAUGAAGGGGACAAACUUGCAGCCGCCCGGGAUGGUGGCCGCCCCGGCAAAGGCCGAGGACGCGGGAAGACGAAGACAAACACUGCAUCGAUCCCCGGGCCCGGCGUAGCAGCUCAAGCCCCAUGGGCCCACUACAAUCUCUCGGAAUAUGCGUACAAGCUACGCACGAGAUUCUGCUAUUGUUUGUGGUGCAACAGUGGUUGCCAUGACACAGUGGGCUGCCCUUUGAAAGGCAAGGGCAAACAGUCGGGAAACUAAGCACCGCCGGGAGUGAGUCGACGACACUCUCGAUGCCUUCGGAACCG